AUAAUUAGUCAUGGUAGUAGUAGCAUCAUUUUCCCUUUCUCUCUUUAUUAUUCUGCAAUUUACUACCCUUUCCUUUCUUGUUCCUCUCUUUGCCAAAACAAAGUGUUUGAUAUUUUCAUCCUUCUUCCCUUCCUUUCCCAACCAAAAUCAAACUCUCUCUCUCCCACCACUUUCCAUUCCCAUCACUCCUAAACCAACCACAAGUCUCCUCUGUCUCUCUUGCUCUGUUUUUGUGGUGGUGGCCGGAGAUGGGGUUCUCGAUGGCGGCGGAUGGGUACGAUGAUGAACAAGAGUGCGACUACCUGUUCAAGGCGGUGAUGAUUGGGGACUCCGCCGUCGGGAAGUCGAACCUGCUGUCCCGAUUCUCGAGGAACGAGUUCCGGGUCGACUCCAAGCCCACCAUUGGCGUUGAGUUUGCUUACAGGGACGUCCGGGUCGGAGACAAGGUGAUCAAAGCCCAAAUUUGGGACACUGCCGGCCAAGAAAGGUUCAGAGCAAUAACAAGCUCAUACUACAGGGGAGCAUUGGGGGCACUAGUGGUAUACGACAUAUCACGGCGAGCAACAUUCGACAACGUGGACAAAUGGCUGGACGAGCUCCGAGGUUUCAGCAGCCCCGACAUGGUCAUCGUCCUCGUCGGAAACAAAUCCGACGUCGGCCGGCAGCUGAGAGAAGUGAGCGAGGAGGAAGGCAGGAGCCUGGCCGAGCUUCAAGGCCUUUCCUUCAUGGAGACCUCCGCCAGGGACAACGUCAACGUCGACUCCGCCUUCCUCGAGAUGAUCGCCAAGAUCCACCUCAGCAACACUUCCCACAAGACUUUGGACACCGACGUCGGCACCAGCAGAGGAGCCUUCUCCGCCGCCGCGGUGGCCCCCGUGUCGUCUCUGCCGAUGGGGAGACAAAUAUUGAGUUUCGACGAUCAAGUGAGCGACGACACCAAUAGUAAAAAGGGUAGUGGUAAUACCAGAAGUUGUUGUUCUUACUAGGAAAUCAUCGAGUAACCCUGUGUUACCGGCUGUAUGUACGUACACAAGAGGUUAGGAAAAGAAAAGGAAACGAUUAGUAUUCCUUUGUUUCUUAAUCAUAUGCUUGUGAUGAUGAGUCAGAAUUCAAAACGUUUCGUUAUUUUUUAUACCACUUUUGUAACUUGUUCUUUCGAGAUGGAAACUUUUAUAAUGUUGAUGUGAUUGCGCUCUCAAUUUCUAAAUAUCAAGAC